UAGAAGACACCUUUCCAAGCCACAGCUUUCUCUCUGUUUGCUUUUUCUUGCCUCUUUGCCUGUCUUUAACGCCUCAAUUUGGAUUUUGGAGCCUUUUUAUUCCUCAAUUCGCGGCGUUGUUUUCGAAUUCUCGCCCUAAAUCCGAUCAACAACCCAAUAUCGGCGCUGGAUUCUUCUCGAAGUUAGCCAAUUACAGGCCUCUAGGUUUUCAGAAAGAUACCAAUCAGUUMUUUUUGAGAAUUCUAGGCCGAAGAGAUGAGCUUCCAGGAUCUCGAAUCUGGUCGGCUUUUGGCUUCGAGGCGUGAUUACAUCAAUGGGAAGCAGGACUCGACGCAGGCCGUUGCUUCCGGCGUGUUUCAGAUCAACACCGCCGUCUCCACGUUUCAGCGCCUCGUUAAUACCCUCGGGACUCCCAAAGAUACGCCGGAGCUCCGGGAGAAGCUAUUGCAGGCAAGCAAGAAGAUUGCUGAUGCUAAGCUUGCAAAAGAUUUCCAGGCAGUUCUUAAAGAGUUUCAGAAGGCACAACGGCUUGCAGCUGAGAGGGAAACAGCAUACACCCCUUUCAUUCCCCAAGCAAUACUUCCUUCCAACUACACUGCGAGCGAGCUUGACAUAACUUCAGAUAAGAGCCCUGAAGAGCGUGCUCUUCUUGUAGAGUCUAGAAGGCAGGAGGUCUUGUUACUAGAUAAUGAGAUUGUUUUCAAUGAGGCCAUCAUUGAGGAAAGAGAGCAAGGGAUCCAAGAAAUACAACAACAAAUUGGUGAGGUGAAUGAGAUAUUCAAAGAUCUGGCCGUACUUGUUCAUGAUCAGGGAGCAAUGAUUGUUGUAAUUUUGAAGUUUUCAAGCGUUUAUGUUUACCACAUUGUUGAAUGA